AUGGGAGAUGCCUCCGACUUGGCACAACAGGUCCUAAGUGGUGAUCUCUUAGAGCUCGUCCAGCUCGUCAACCCGUCAGAAGUGAUUGCAGCAACUCAUGCAGACUACAUAUCAAACACACAAGCUUGGUCGACGUCUCGAGACAAGAAACCUCGUCUUGUACUUCGACCAAAAUCCGUGGCGUCUCUGUCUGGCAUCGUAGCGUUCCUGUCGAAACGAGACCUUGAUUACAAAGUACGUUCGCAGGGUUUUGGCUCAGCAUCUGCAACAGACGUUUUGGUAUCGUUGUCGGCAUUUGACGAUUUCGAAUUCAACAAGGAAGAAGAAUAUGUGAUACUUGGUGCUGGAGGGAGUUGGGCUGGCUAUUAUGAUCGCAUGGAUGCUGUUGCUCCUGAUUGGACAAUUGUUUGCGCCCGCACUCCCAGCAUUGGGAUAGGCGGCUCGACGUUGUGCAGCGGCUUCUCUUGGUUAUCGUCUGAGUAUGGAUGUGUAUCCGACCCUGCCAACCUCCUCGAUGCACGAGUCGUUACUGCAGACGGACGAGUCUUCUGGGCAAGUACAGAUCCCGACCUCUUCUGGGCCAUGCGAGGCACAGAGUCCGGCUUCGCCAUCGUCACUCAUUUCAAGUUCCGUGCUCGCCGAUACCCAGAGAAUGGCAAGCUUUGGGCCGGGCCAAUUCUGAUACCAAGGAACAAGGUGUCUGAAGCAGCGAAGGGCGUCAUAUCGAUGGUAGAAAAGGAUAGGAAAGGUGAGAUGAGCCCUAAAGCUGCAAUGUUCUUGUAUGUUAUGAAGGCAGAGCUAUUACACUUUAUCGGCGCUACUAUGGAUAUGCUUGUGAUUCAUGCCUUCGACGGCAGAGGUGAAAAGGAGGGCAGAGAAGAGUUCAAAUGGGCGCUGGAUAUCGACGGAGCCCUGGACCAGACUCGAGGGGACAUGACGAUACGUCAAGUAGCUCAGCUACAAGAACACAUCGGCAAUUUGCGCGGCACAGCAGAAUGCUACUGGUCUCCUAUGGCUCUCACCAACGAAGAGAUGAGCGAAUCAGUUAUCCUCAAAUCAUUCGAGUGGUGGAUGUCCCUACAAGACAAUCUGAAUGGUCGACACAGUAGUGCUUGGCCAAGACCUGUAGGCUACAAGCACAUGUUGUUGGUUGGUGCGGGAUGCGCGACAGGGAGUACCGGAGAGCUUAGCAACAAGGCGAAGCAACAUGUUAUCGAUGCUUCGAUGCGGAUAUUGGGCAAGCCACUUAGUGAGACUGCUGUCGCGCCAAAUGCUGUUGAGGAGUUUCACAGUAUUGAGAAGAUGUAUGGAGAGCAUUAUGCAAAGCUGAGGGAGGUUAAGACCAAAGUGGACCCAGGGAACCGGUUGCAGGGGUGGAUAAAGUCAUAUUGA